GUAUGGCGAGGAAGAGGGGGAGGAAGACAAGUCGCUCACAAUGACUGGUGUUGAUGAUGACGAUGAUGAUGAUGAUGACGAUGAUGACGAUCUUGACACCUUUACCGACGGGGACCUUGACAGCGGGUGCGAGGAUGGGGGUAACUAAGCUGCUGUUAGAGUACACUUAUACUUUUCUAUCGAGUUCAAGGCAUUAAGAAAUACCCAGGUUAUGAGUGUCGCUACACGCCGUUAAGUUUGUGAAAAUAAGUAUCGACAUUUUAUAUUUAAAAACAAAUUAUUUUGAAGAAAAAAAAAAAAAACGUUUUCAAAAUAAAUGUCUGACGGUCCACAGUAAACUUGGUUUCACAAAGGCUCGUUUUGCUUUUUGUGUUUGGGGUGAAAUUUCUGUAAAUUAAAAAGCGACCAUGAAAAUGUACGGCAGACUUUGUAACUGGUGUAUGUAACUUUUUAAUUAGUAUGUAUUUCCAGUGUUUUGCUAAUUGUAACGGUAAAGCUCUGAAGCAUACGCAUGCGCGUGUGAAGGGCUGGGGGUGUGGUUGGAAUUUGACAAGUUGCCCUCUGGAGUGAAAAUGAUACAUGUGUCGUCCGCCUAACAAGUAGCUCAGUCACUGUGGAGGCUCAUAAUACAUGAACGUGUUUUUCUCUCUGUGUUAUACCUAGCACAUUCACUUUUUAGUUUAUUCAAACGAACAUGUACCAUACUCUGUUACAGAGCCCGUUUUGAAGCAAGCAGAAUGCUAACGUUAGCAUUUUUAUAAUGCUAUAAAAAGAUAGUGACCACAAAAUAUGUUACGUGCUGUAUAACAAACCCAUGCUCUCUCCUUUCCAAAAGAAAUACAUGUACCACCCACUGUUGUCUAUUCAAUUGCUCUAAACGCAUCAAAAUACCUGCUGUUGUGCAAAUCAUUUGAAGAAGGUGCCCAAACUCUCACAGGGAGAUUCUUUACUGUAUUUUGUCUUUAAAAAUAUUUUUAGGUGGAUCAAUUGAAUAGACACCAUUAUGUUAGGAUGAAGGCUACAGCAAUCCUUCUUCAAAAGAGAUUUCAAAAUAUAGGGAGCACUAUGUUUGAAGUCAUUGUGAGUGCUUAAUAUUGCAAUUAUUUAAACACUAAACUAAAAAUAAUAAUAGAAGACUCACUGGACUCCUUUGUGUUUCUUACAGGUUAUGGUUCACAAAUAGCGUUCUGUAUACAUAUUGCUGUGGCUGUUCAAAAUGCAAAAUUGGGUUUACGAAGUCAUCAAUAAUCAAUUGGAUUAUGCAGAAGUAGUUUUUAUGUACAGCUAUGGGCAAAUGUUUUGCAUCCCCCUAUAGAAUUAACACAUGAAACAUGCUGAAAUGUUACGUUAACUUAUUGAAUUACAUACCGCUUUGUAGUUUUCCAUACCCUUACACAAAAACUGACAAAAAAUGAAAAAUGUGACAUUUCGAAAUCUAACAUAAAAUACUAGUAUUACUAUUAUGGAUUCCGGUAGACUUUUGCGAUAUCAUUUUGUAGUUUCUUUGAUCCUGGUGACUGGCAGUAAAAGAAUUGAGCACAACAAACAGCAAGUGAAAAGCAAGUGAAGAAGAUGAAACUGGAUUGUGUGUGGCUUCUAUCUCCGAGGACCCCUGCUAAACAAGACGAGGAGUCUAAAGAGAUACAGCAUAUAUCUGGAAGAGCAAAAGUUCUAGGGUGCAGGGACCCCUUCAGCUCUGAAGUGAAGCCGCGGAUCCUGCUGAUGGGCCUCCGGCGGAGUGGCAAGUCCUCCAUUCAGAAAGUGGUCUUUCACAAAAUGUCCCCCAACGAGACUCUCUUCCUGGAGAGCACCAACAAGAUCUGCCGGGAAGACGUGUCCAAUAGCUCCUUCGUCCACUUCCAGAUCUGGGACUUCCCUGGGCAGAUCGACUUCUUCGACCCCACCUUUGACUAUGAGAUGAUCUUUAGGGGGACCGGCGCCCUGAUAUUCGUCAUCGAUUCUCAGGAUGACUACGUGGAAGCCUUGAGCAGACUUCAUCUUACAGUGACCAGAGCCUACAAAGUGAACCCCGACAUCAACUUCGAAGUUUUCAUUCAUAAGGUUGAUGGACUGUCAGAUGACCACAAGAUUGAAAAACAGAGAGACAUUCAUAAGCGAGCCAAUGAUGACCUUGUGGAUGCGGCUUUGGAGAGAAUCCAUCUAAGCUUUUACCUGACGAGUAUAUACGACCACUCGAUAUUUGAAGCCUUCAGCAAGGUUGUGCAGAAGCUCAUCCCCCAGCUUCCCACUCUGGAGAAUCUGCUCAACAUUUUCAUUUCCAAUUCCGGAAUCGAGAAGGCAUUUCUUUUUGAUGUUGUCAGUAAGAUUUAUAUCGCAACGGACAGCUCUCCAGUGGAUAUGCAGACCUAUGAGCUGUGCUGUGACAUGAUCGACGUGGUCAUAGACAUCUCCUGCAUAUACGGAGUGACGGGGGAUGAAGGGGGAAUACCGUAUGACAAGGAGUCGAUGGCGAUCAUCCGACUGAACAGCACCACGGUCAUGUAUCUGAAGGAGGUGACUAAAUUCCUGGCCCUGGUGUGUUUCCUGCGAGAGGAAAGCUUUGAAAGGAAAGGAUUGAUCGACUACAACUUCCACUGUUUCCGCAAAGCCAUUCAGGAAGUGUUUGAGGUGCGGUUGAAGGUGCUGCGGUCCCGCAAGCUGCUGAGUCAGAGAAGGAGAAGCAGGCAAGCCACCCCGAAUGGCAUGCCCAGAGUCCCGUCCUGAGGUGCCUGCACGGCGGACACUCCCGGGCAAAGGUGGCCUGCUGCACCACUAUUGCACUGACAUCAUAUUCUAGCUAAAAGAAAAAAGACAAUUGAAGAACUCCUUAACCCCCUCACGGUCACGCCUUAUAGUUUUUUUAUACUUGAAAAUAAAUUUCUGGUAAUUUUUGAAAAAAGCUUGGAUGCAUAUCAAGUUACAAAUGGGGUCUAUAUUAAAUGAUGUAAGAGCAGGUCUGAGGGGGCAGUGCCUUUGUCAUAGGGAUUCAUUUUGGGAAAACACAGCAAAUUGAAAGAGGGGGUUGAAUUCUACUUUACUGGUUCACACCUGGGCGGAUUUGGCAAUAACUGGCCGUUCCAGGGCAGGUUUUGUUCCUCCCUGGCCCCUUAGUAUUCAAUAUUAAAUCUGCAUGUCCCUCCAGUCCAUAGCACUCGCAGCCUGUGACAUUUACAUAUGCCUUUCACUGCUUCAAUGUGCCUUUCAUCUUCAAAUUAUCACAUUUAAUACAAAUAUAUAUAUUUGUAUUAUAAAAGGACAACUUGGUAAAGGUCUAAAAUAUCUUAAAAAGUAAAGUUAACUUCAUGUUUUUUCUUGCUGUUUAGAGUUGCUUUGAAUUUUCUGUUUUUGUCAUCACAUUCUAGUGACUUUUUAAGUCAAAAGUGGAUUCAAUAGAGCUCUCAGAAUCAUAUCUAACUGGUGCUUUGAAAAGUGCAUUCAAUAGAGCUCUCAGAAUCAUAUCUAACUGGUGCUUUGAAAAGUGCAUUCAAUAGAGCUCUCAGAAUCAUAUCUAACUGGUGCUUUGAAAAGUCACCAUGUGACUGACACUUCAAAUUAUGCAAAGUGAAUCUAAAUAACAAGAACAAUAAAACAGUUUAGUUAACUCUGAUAAUGCACACCAAAGUUGCUCUUUAAGUGCACCUUACUAUAAAGGAAGCAGCCCUGGCAGAACUGUAGCAUAUACUGCAGUAGUCUGUUGUAACUACUCUAAGUACAAUGGAGAACAAAAUAAGAGAUAUUAUAUAUGAUAUAUGGCAUAGCAUAAUCUAAACUGCAGCUAGAGGAUGGAAUGCAACAAAAUAUUGUGUUUUCUCCAUUGCUACUGUUAAGAAUUUAGAGCUCCUUUAAAAAAUGAUUUAGGGAGAAAAUAAAUGUAAUGCUUUAUGAAUACAGACCCCUAAUAUGGGUUUGCAGUGCCUGCACAUAACACACUCAGACAGAAUGAGACUAUUUAGAAAGAUCAUCAUUUAUGGUCAGUUUUGAUCAUUCUAAUUCUUGUUGCGAUUGGGGACCAGUAAAGUGGAACUGAAAGGGAAAAAUGUGUCUUUCUGCUGAUUGUGCAAUUUGUAAUAUUAUAUUUUGUUCACAUAGUUCCACUAUUUUUGCAACACAUUUUCCUGAAAUGAGUUGGCACUGAAAAUGCCAUCAGGCAGGUAAACAAUUUCAGCACCCAAGUGUUUAUCACAAUGCUACUUUUCAUUUAACUUGUAUUACUGAUUAGACUUGGUAAGCAUAACAGUUCACCAUGUUAUGUAUUAUCGGGUGUAUAUAUUUGCUCUACAGCAGCUGCAGGAAACACAUUUGGGAAAUUGGUGCUGUGCUCUGGUGACAACUGAAUUCUUUUUAAAGAUGUGAUACAUGGAGUUUCCUCAAUGGAAGCCUCCUUGUUUUCUUGUAACACCCUCCUUUGCUGUUUUUGUUUUAUUACUAAUCCACUUCAUAUGUGUUUAUUUAUUGUUUAACUUGUCAGAGUGUUCAACUAUUAAAAUAUUAGCUGUCUACUGAAA